AAAACCGGUGUCAUUUUUUUUUAUAUAUUGACUUUAACACAUGUGCCAACAGUACUCAGGAAAAAGCAUGAAUGUACAUUUCUUACUAUAGUGCUUUGUAUAGACCAGCCAUGAUUUUUCUCAGCAAAAUAAAUGAACUUACCUUCAUGCCUAUCCCAACAAGACUGUUUUCUCAGUAUGCCUGAUGUUGUUUUCAUGUUUCUUGGGCCAAAAAUAAAAAUGGUUAAAUAAUUGAUCCUAGUAUUUCGAGUUGUUUUUAUAUAAGUGAGUGAUCAGAAUAUAUAAGUGAGAGGUCAGAGUAUACCUGGAGGGUACACACAGACAUAUGAUUAGGUAUUAAGAAGCCAGGACAUGUAACACAAAGACGCCAAUAUAUAUAUAAACUUCUUAGAUUUUCAUAUUAGUUACAUCCUAGACUAACAGUGAACAUGAAUUCCUCCUUCUCCUUGAAUACUGUGUUGGACAGUGUUACUGACCAAAUCAUGGACGACAUAAUUGAAUGUUUACAAGACGAAGAAGACGAAGCAGAAAUGAUUAAUGGAUGAAAUAGAAAAGUCGGAAAAAGAGAAAAAACAAAAAUCGGGGAAAACGUUCAAAUGUUCAAGGUGUUUUAGUAAAUUUAAGAAAUACGACGACAUGAUGCGCCAUAAAACCAAUGACUGUCAUAUGAAUCAGUCAGGUAGCGGGGAAGGCCAGGCUUACUCCGUUAGUUUGGCCCGUGAGAGAACUUUUAUGAAGACUAAGGCCCGAGAGAAAACUUACGAAGUUCAAUUUCACGAAAAGUGGCAGGGAAGAAACUUAAGAGACUUGCACAGAGAGUUAAAUGGAAUGUUUGAAACGGCCUUGGAUAAAGCCACUGCAAAACACCCGAGUACCGACCUGGGGCGCGUCGUGGUUCAUCACAAGGACUUGGAGCCCAUCAUGGUCCCCUUGAGGCCGUUAGAAAACUUGACGGCUCCCGCCAUUAUGGACACUAUUCAGAACGUCCUAAACAGCCACCAAAAAUUAAAAGUAGAUUCUAGUUUUCACCUGGACAUUGGUAUCAUUACUAUGCCGAAAGGGGGUAAAGUGUACCUAAACCAACUGACGGGUGAGAACAAUUCCCUCAAGAGGAAACAGUCCAUCAUACAAAUAGUGAACGACGACAACAUGUGCAUGGCGCGCGCCAUUGCUGUGACGUGGGGUAGGUCGAUCGAGUGUUCAAAAGAGGAGUGGCAGUCCAUAACACAACAUCGAGGAAAGAAAACAAAUCUCGACCUAAUAAUGGAAUUCCGGAAAAUGCCGAGAAGCCAUUUUAAAAACAUGAUCAAGCCCGGGGCCAAGCAGCAAACAGAAUUGGCAAAGGAAUUGUUGAGACAAGUGGGACUACCUUCGGAUAGGAAAUGCACCAUCUUGGACAUUCAACACUUUGAGACUUAUCUGGAGCGAAAAAUUACAGUGUUGGACGCUUCCCUAGGGAACCGGAUAUGUUAUCGAGGCCAGGAUACGGAAUUCCCUCAACUGUUUUUAUACUUGGUAGGGGACGAUCACUUCCACGCCGUCGUGUCCGUUACUGGAUUUUUCUGUUCAUCGUACUUCUGUAAACUGUGCCUCAAACCCUACACCGACAAAAACCGCCAUUAUUGCGGCAAGCCCUGUAUCGUGUGCAAGAGAGCCGGAAAAUGUCCGUAGACGGACCAGUCUAUUCCAUGCCCCGAGUGUAACAUGACCUGCCGUUCCAUGGCCUGUUUCGAAGCCCAUAAAGACACGGACGAAGGCAAAAAGCAGAGCCAGUGUGAAAGGUACUGGAGGUGUCUCACGUGUCACCGAGUCGUAGAUCGGCACGAUCGAGACCUGAACAAGCAACCUCACGUAUGCGGAGAAUGGCACUGUAAGCAAUGUAACAGAACAGUAGAAGAAAGCCAUUUAUGCUACAUGAG